AUAUAAUCGACGGUGAAGGUGCCUGUCUCUUCAUAACCCUAUCAGUGAGCACGUUUCUUUAAUCGUCGAUCUCGUCGUCCAUCUCGUUUUAAUCCGAGAAAUAAACCGGAAAAAGAAAGACAAGUGAGACAAGAUGAUGUUGGCGCCGCUGGCCGUGUUAUUCUUCGCGGCGUUAGUGUACGCCCAACCAGCAAUAAACGAAAUUCGGCCACAAAGCAACAGACCAGGAAGAUUCCUGUCUCUUCCUGUACCGCAGAAAUGUGCAAACCGACCGAGAGAAUUCAACUACAGAGGGCACAAUUAUUUCUAUAGCGGGCACGUUCCGGCUCACGCAAACCAGAGGGUGGAUUGGUUAGACGCUAGGAACAUCUGCAGAGAGUACUGCAUGGACCUCGUGUCGAUGGAAACUCAAGACGAGAACAACUUAAUCUUCAGACUCAUUCAACAAAACGAUGUUCCUUACAUCUGGACAUCUGGACGUCUCUGCGACUUCAAAGGCUGCGAGAAUCGUCGUGAUCUUGAACCCAAAGCCCUCUAUGGUUGGUUCUGGUCAGCCAACAGAAAGAAGAUGGCGCCAACAAAUCAAAUCCCCGAAGGUUGGUCCUUCAAUCCAUGGUCUCAAACUGGACACAAGAAGGUCAGACAACCGGACAACGCUGAAUUCGACAUAAAUGGCACCAGUGAGUCUUGCAUGUCCAUCCUAAACAACGUUUACAAGGAUGGAAUCAGCUGGCACGAUGUGGCUUGCUAUCACCAGAAACCAUUCGUCUGCGAGGACUCCGAAGAACUUUUGAGCUACGUGGCCAGUACCAAUCCCAACAUCCGCGUUUAAAGGCCUCGUGAAUGAAUAAUUCGCGUCAUCAGCACCUGUUUUAUCCGUUUCUCUUGCAGCUUAGACGAAACACGAGUUAAAACAAAAAGGAAACAAAUGAAAAAUAAUCGUUGAACAUUUUAUUCUAUAUUAUUUAUGUGAAUUAGCUCCCUAUCGGCAUUAAAGCAUUACCUUUCAUUUGGACUG